AGGAACAAAAUCAGCUUCCUGUUGCGCGAGCCGCUGGACCACGUGAUAUAUAACUACGCUGGCUGGCUAGCGAGCUAACAUGCUAGCUCCCGUUGUCAGAGUCGUUGUCAACAGCCACAAACGGACGGAUUAGCACACCCGCAACUAACAAGUAAUUGCAAACUCGCGGAGUCUCGAAGUCUCCGGCAAGUUAAUCAAUGUUGCCCCUUCAGUCGGUAGCCAUUAGCGCGAUAUUGAGUUAGCUAAGCUAACGUUUGCUAGAAAGGGACUCAUCUUCUUCCCUACUCAUUGUCUUCAAGAUAUCGAGUCAUUACAUUUCCGCCCAAUAAGUCACGGGGGUUUUGGCAUCCUCGAGGCUCAUCGGGCAAAGCGAGUCCUCCAUCAGCGAGGGAGUAUCGACAGCCUGAGGUUGAGGACUCUGCUGGGCGGGAUGGAUCGACGAUAAGUAAGACGUCAACUUCAGAGGUGCACGUUGAUUUCGUAAUGACAAGCUGCUGUGCAGAAGAUGUCCACGCUGUCUGUGACUGAUAUCCCAGAUGUUGGUCAUGAUGAGAGGAAGGUGUUUGUCGGGACCUCUGAGCUGCAGCUGGACUGCAUGGUUGAGGAGAGCGACCGAAGCGCCGCAAUGAAGCAGGACGGCCCGCUGUCGCUGGCUGACCUCUCCCUGCCAGAAGACCUCCCCUCCCCCCCCCACAACGGCCUGCCGCUGACUGACAUGAGAAGCCCUCUGCCGGUAGAGCCGAGCGACAUUAAGCCGGAACCAUCGGCAGGCGACACACCUGGCAGCUUAGAUGGUCAGCCGGUGAAGAGAAAGAAGGGUCCCGCGCCCAAAAUGCUGGGCAAUGAGGUGUGCAGCGUGUGCGGCGACAAGGCCUCCGGUUUCCACUACAACGUGCUGAGCUGCGAGGGCUGCAAGGGCUUCUUUCGACGCAGCGUCAUCAAAAGCGCCCAGUACACCUGCAAGAACAACGGCCGCUGCGAGAUGGACAUGUACAUGCGGCGCAAGUGCCAGCAGUGCCGCCUGCGCAAGUGUCGGGAGGCGGGCAUGCUGGAGCAGUGUGUGCUCUCCGAGGAACAAAUCCGACUGAAGAAAAUGAAGAAGCACCACGAGGACGAAACGGCCCGCACGUCCACGGUGGUCACGCCGACGCCGCCGCAGGAAAUGGUCUCGCUGGCUCCACAGCAGCAGGAGAUGAUCGAGAAGCUGGUGGCCAUGCAGAAGCAGUGCAACAAGAGGUCGUUCCUCGACCGACCGAAAGUGACCCCGUGGCCACAGAGUCAGGACCCGCAGAACCGUGAAGUGCGUCAGCAGCGGUUCGCCCACUUCACCGAGCUCGCGAUCAUGUCGGUCCAGGAGAUCGUGGACUUCGCUAAGCAGCUUCCUGGUUUCCUGGAGCUCACGAGGGAGGACCAGAUCGCUCUGCUGAAGACGUCAACCAUUGAGAUUAUGCUGCUGGAGACAUCUCGGCGGUACAACCCUGCUAUUGAUAGCAUUACGUUCCUGAAGGACUUCAGCUACAAUAAGGAAGAUUUCGCCAAAGCAGGGCUUCAGUUUGAGUUCAUCAACCCCAUCUUUGAGUUCUCUAAAGGAAUGAACGACCUGCAUCUGGACGAGGCAGAAUAUGCGCUGCUCAUUGCCAUCAACAUCUUUUCUGCAGAUCGGCCAAAUGUGCAGGAUCACGAUCUGGUGGAGCGGCUGCAGCAACCCUACGUGGACGCGCUGCGCUCUUACAUCAUGAUCAAGAGACCAAAUGAUCAUUUGAUGUUUCCUCGCAUGCUGAUGAAGCUGGUGAGCCUCCGUACGCUGAGCAGCGUGCACUCGGAGCAGGUCUUUGCCCUUCGCCUCCAGGACAAGAAGCUUCCCCCGCUGCUCUCUGAAAUCUGGGACGUCAACGAGUGACAUGACCCCCCCCCCCCCCCACCCGAUGUCACGCUCUCUUUGAGGCCUGAGACGAACGCGGCAUUCCAGCAGGAACACUGACUCCUCUCUGCCCGCGUGGUCGGGGAUCGGUUAUAGCAGUGAGAUUGUUUGGUUUUUCUCUCGUGGGAGGAAGAGGAGGAGGAGGAGGAGGAAGAAGAGGAGGAGAGCAUCGUCGCCCCUUUGCUCUCAGACAGACUGCUAAAUGUUUUUUUGUGUUCACGAGGAGAAACAUGAACACCUAGUUGUCUUUGAGCCUUUUUGUUGUCUUUACGUUCGUGUAGAUGCUGACACGAUUAUGGCGAUAUUAAAUACCAGCAUAAUGAGGCUCUUUAGCCAGUUUGAUUUAAUAUCUGUUGAAAGUUCUAUACACGUCCUCUCACGGUUAUAAUCUGAGCAGGUGUUGGCUCCAACGUCAGGAUCACAGCUGCACAGUCAGGUGAAAUAGGAAUAGAUAUAUUUUAUUUUUUUGCAGUCGUGCAAUAGGUGGAGAUGGAUGCAGAGUUGAGCAGACGCGCGCGCACACACACACACACACACGCACACACACACCGGUGCUGUUCACUUUGUUGACGUUGGGUAUAGUGGUAGGCCAUCUGGUUGGUAGUGUGCAUUGUGAUAUGGCAGCAGAUAGUCUGUGUUCCUGUUCAGAAGCUUGGUGUAGUGCUCAGGUAAAGUAAUGUGAAGUCCACCUCUGGGAGUUGGAGGCUUCUUUGAUUCCCAUUUGAAUACUUUAGUGCAUAAGGGGGGGCUCUUUUGGUCAUUUAUAAACACCCAUUAACUUUCAUGUAAAUUGUAUAUUUAUUAUAUAGAGCACACACACAGGUUGUACAAUCACAUACAUACAACUCUUUAGACUGUGCCCUCAUUAAGAGGACACUGACGAUGAGACAAAAUCCUUCUUUCACACACAGCACCGGAACCGUGAGAUCGGUGAUACUAACAAGUCUUAAACGUUGGUUAAAAACAGGACGUCACGCUACCAUCUCUGUGACCCUCCAAAUAUAUAAGAAAUCCAUCCUGACAGUUGUAUUUAUGAAUCAAAACAGAAAGAAUCGCCUCUAUUAUCACCUUAUUUGUCAUUAACGUGUAUGUGAGAUGUACUUUUUAUUCAUUUCAUUGCAAAGCAGUUUAUAUUUAGAUAUUUUUUUUUCAGUUUUUUUUUUUUCACCACUAGCAUUUUAAAGGUGUGCGAAAUGUAUCGACAACAUCCACAUAGCUUGAGCAGGAUGUAGAGGACGUGACAGCCUUUUAUUUUUGAUAAUAGACCGCGUGAAUGACACUGAGGGGAACGAUCGGGAUCUAAAGUAUCGUACUGAACACAGACCGCUUUAACUGCUCAGAUUUAGGGGAAAAAAAUGUACCAAAAUCUCUAUUAACGGGGAGCAGAGAACGGUGGAUGAGUAGAAACAUUACAAUAUUGAGUUAUAAUAAAGUCUAUAACUACAGAGAUGUAGGUGUUCGUACUCGUGCUGUGUUUCUCGAUGCGUUCGCCUGUUGCAGUGUGAACUUGAAAUGCUUAAUGGAUGAUAAAGAAAUGUCGACGCAAAUUCAUAAUUGUCAAGUUUAUUUAUUUUUAGGGCUGAAAACCAGACGACAUAAUGCUUGAAGUAGCUUCACGAGCGGUCUGUGCAGUUCCAGGUGUCAGCGUUUAAAAUGUCACACAAAGAAAAUCAAGCAUUAUACUGUAUUUUAUAUAAUAAAUUAUACAAUUUAGUUUGGUUUUUUAAUUCAUAAAGUUGCAUUUAACAGCCAACCUUUUUACAGCCGAAGUGGAACAUUAAUUGAAAUGUAAAUAGACACGAGCUACUCCACUAUAAUAACAGCCAGGCGUAGUUUUGAUUUCAUCCCAAUUAAUUGUUUUGAUCAUUUUAAUUUCUAUCUUCUUUUCUUUCUCUCUUCAUCCAAGAAUAUGUCUGUAUUACAUAUUUUUGUUUCAUUUAACGACCUUUUGUGGAUCUCACAAAUGGUCUAAUCAUUCAAUUUUUUUUUUUAUUGCCAAUUUAAAAUAAUUUCUCCACAGCAGACAUUUAGUCUUUCAAACCCAGUCUUAGGAAUACUGCAGCACUGCUAAUGCAACUUUAAUAACGGUCACAGCAUAAAUUGUUGAGUCAACAUUAACGGCCUUGGUUGUGUUUAAGAGAUUUUAAUUUGAUUUACUGCUUCCUUGUGCAUCAGCGUAUCUGAUCUCUGACGAAACACCCGGUGAGCUUCACCGGUUGGUUGGUUGAAUGAACACAAAGGAUGUUUUUCUUCCUCAUUCUUUAUUGUAUUAACAGCGGUCACAGAAACAAUAGUAACCAGAGCGUUCGUCCUUCCUCUUCCUAAACGGAUGGAGAAAAAAAAAAAAUGGCUGACAAAAGGCUUCUGUUUAUGAAAAGGCAACACGAGGAGCUCAGGUUUCAUUCCCGUCUUCAGCUGUGUGGGAAAUCAUUUGCCUGAAUUAAAAGUCGAGCUUGAUUCUAGUAAAGAUCGCGCAGAAGAGUUUCUGGAGGCUGGACGGCAUAACAGACAUUUUGUGACCGUGUAUUAUGUCGAGACGCUUUUUAAUUAUUUCAUUACUUUUUAUUGACACUCAAUAAAUGAUUUUGUUAUAGAUUUUCUUACAUCCCUCUAACCCUUAAAUUAUGUAUUUAAUUGUGUUUUUUUUUUGUGACGGGUCAAUCAAUAUGAAAAGAAGCAGAAUAAUCAGAGUGCAGCAUUUUGAGACCAUAAGUGAUUGUUUUUUGUCAUUUCUUUUGGGUUUCUUUUUAAAUUAAAUGUGUUUUUUUCUGCUUGCAGGUUAUCUCUAGCCAAACACUAACCAUUAAGUUGAACAAAAAGGAUCUUCUGUAUUAUUGGGGUGUAUUUUUCCACAGUAUGAAUCCCAGGUCUCCUGACCGUGGAAUCAUUUAGUCAUUUCUGUGAUCAAACAAGCAAAAACAAAAGCCCGCCUCUUUCUUUCGUGAGUGUUCAUGUUCUGUUAAAUCUGUCGGUAUCAAAGGUUAAUGGUUCUGUAUAUACUGUAAUUGUCAUCUCUGAUCUCAUUUACGUCCCGUCGUCAAAGGGUGACACUGUAAACAUUGUUGAUGUAUAGAAAUGCAAACCUAUUUUAAUACUCGUAACUCAUGAAGACCUGUUUUGUAUGUACAGUAUAAAUUAAAGCUAUGCUGUAGUGCUGA